AUGAACUACAAUGCUGUAGACGUUAAUGAUGACGAUAGGACGAUAGAACAAGAUAUUGGAGAUAACUCAAUGUGCAUGUAUUCUGGAAAUGGACAUCUCCUGUUGACCAAGAAGCCAUAUCACCAGCAGUUCGACACUAUCUUUGCGCUCCUCGCUGUCCUGGUAGCAGCUACAUCGGACAAGGCUUCAGCUGGGGAGCUGACCGUGCCCCAGAUCGAGGAGAAACUACAGGAGUGUCCGCUCGUUCAGUCUCUUAACGCGCAGAAGCUCGCCAAUGCCCCGGAGACUGCCAGUUUAUCUUCGAGGGUCUUUGCGGUGCUUUUCCCUGGAAGCCCAGCAGUGAAUGCCAUUCUCGCUACGGUCUACAUCUCUGGACCUCCCAAUUUUCUACUGGCACUAUGCCCUCCAAAUAUCGACCCAUCUUCCCUCUCCGUAAUGGUUGCCUUUGCAGUGGGCGGGUUACUAGGAGACACGCUCUUCCAUCUAUUACCUGAGAUAUUCCUUGGAGAGGACUCGCCGGAACACGUUCGAUUCGUGAUGGUCGAGCCAAACAAGAACCUACUACUUGGCUUGGCUAUUCUCGUUGGCUUCGUGACGUUUGUGGCCAUGGAUAAGAUACUGAGAAUCGCGACUGGAGGAGACGGUCAUCAGCACGGCCAUGCGCAUGACCACGGCCACAGCCAUGAAUCUGAGCUAGUGACAGCCACCGGUGUAUCGCCUGACGAUAAGAACGGCGAGCUGAAGCAGCGGAAAUCAGCAGCCUCCUCCAACGUGGCCGUGAAUGGUGAAAGCGAGAAGGAAGGUCCCAGCAACAACCCCAGCGUCAAGCUAGGCGGGUACCUGAACCUGAUUGCAGAUUUCACGCACAAUAUCACCGACGGACUGGCGAUGUCUUCGUCCUUCUAUGCCUCCCCCACCAUCGGGGCAACUACCACUGUUGCUGUCUUCUUCCAUGAAAUCCCCCAUGAAGUCGGCGACUUUGCGCUCCUGAUUCAAUCUGGUUUCUCCAAACGUAAAGCCAUGGGUGCUCAGUUCGUUACUGCAGUUGGUGCUUUCAUCGGAACAUUCAUAGGUAUUGCGGUUCAGGAGUUUGGCGGGGGUUCUUCCUCCGCUGCUGCUGGGGCUGGAGCAUCGGCACCUGGAUUGCUGGGGACCAGCCUUACAGUCGGCGACUUGUUGCUUCCCUUUACCGCUGGGACAUUCUUGUAUGUUGGCACGGUAGCGGUUAUCCCUGAGCUGCUAGAGACUGGUAAAGAUAAGGGGGUAGAGGUUAGGAAGACGCUGAUGCAGUUUGCUGCUAUGGCUGCUGGAGCAGGAAUAAUGCUAUGGAUUUCGUGGGACUAG